AUGGUGUUUGGUUGCUCUCUGGCUGCUAUAACUGAAGUGUCGUUCAAUUUUGGAGGUUUGUGGGGUGCCAUGAUAAGCGAUGUAGGGUUUGUCUUGAGGAACAUUUAUUCCAAAAAGGGUUUGCAGAAUUGGAAUGAAGUGGAUGGACUGAAUUUGUAUGGGUGGAUCGGUAUUAUCUCAUUCUUAUAUCUGUUUCCAGUGGCUAUCUUUGUUGAUGACUCUCAACGGGCCAGAUUGCAGUCAUCUUAUCAAGCACUAGAUGAUAUUAGCCCCCUCACAUUCUCUGUGGGAAACACAAUGAAGAGGGUGGUGGUAAUUGUUGCUACAGUGUUGGUUUUCAGAAAUCCAGUGAGGCCACUUAAUGCUCUUGGUUCUGCCGUUGCGAAGUUUGGGACUUUCCUGUAUUCACAAGCUACUGCUAAAAAGCCUAAGAAACAAGCCUAA